UCGGUUCACUGUCAUUCGGUUUGCACUUUUCGAACGGUUCGCUUCGCCGCAAAAAGUAUCAGUGAAAGGCACUACCUUCUAAAUUUUUUCCCUUUAUCGGGUCGGCCAUUAGCUACCAGUGCGUGCUCCAGUUAGUUUUAGUGCCACGAAUUGUGCGAAAUUGAAGUUUGAAUAGUUUCAAGAUAUUUGUGAAGUGGCGCGAAGCUGUAAAGUGAUAUUUUAUAUUCAGAUUCGGGUACAGUGAAGAAAUAAUGACCCGCGGAGGUAGCGGAUAUACGAGGGGCCGUGGCUCCCGUGGAGGAAGUUCUUACCGCGGCGGCGGCAGCUACCGGGGAUCUGACCAGCAUGGAAGGAGCAGUUACAACGGAAGAGAUAGCUCCCGCAAUCGUUACAGUGGUGGCGGAGGAAGCUACGGAGAUUCGCGUUCAUCCCGUUAUGAUAGCGACCGAUAUUCGAGACCGGAUAACCGCCAAGGGGGGUACAAGCGGAACGAUUCUUAUAAGGAUUCACGAGAUCGUCGUUCUCCAGAUCGUAAGAGGCCACGCACCGACCAUACAUCUCAGGGUGGUCGUCGAGAUUAUGGUGGUAGCAGCGCAAGCGGAGAUUAUCACCGCAGGGAUAGUAGCGGUGCCCGCGGUGGCUCUUCCAAUCGGUAUCAUGACAGUGGCAGCUCAUCCUAUGAUAAACGUGGCAAUGAUCAUCAUUCUUCAUCGGUUGGUAGCAGCGGUGGCGGCGGCGGCGCUAGCCGUGAUCGAAUGGACAAUCGCAGCAGUAGCCGGGGACGCGGCGAUAGAUCCCGGGAGCCGAUGGGACCACCGAGAUCGCUUGCUCCUCGUAGCACCGUGGGUCGGGGUCCACCGAUCCGCCCGUCAAUGGGUUCGCGUGGGUCGGCGCCAAUGUCGACGCUGCGUCGGGGUUCGACACGAGGUAGGCUUACGAGUCGUUUCAGGAACGAUGGACGACGUGGGAUGAUUACUAGCCGGAUGGGCAUCCGGCGGGAUCCGCGAACGCUGCCACCUAGGAGACGUUUUCCGCCAAUCCGCGGCGGACGGGACGGCAUCGGAGGACGCAUCGUAAAGCGACCAAUUACAGACUCGAGAGUGUCUAGGAAGGCUCUGAUCAAGCGAGCUUUGGCUGCUGCUAAGGAGUUGGAUGAUGAGCAAACCACAGAGAAUGAAGGAGAAGAUGAUGACGAGGAAGUUGAUGAGGAGAAGGAUACCAACGAAGGGGAUGAUGAGGAAGUCCUGGAAGAAGCCAAGGAUGACGAAGAAGAAGAAGAAGAUGACGGGGAUAAAACCGUCAAGGACGAAGAAGAGGAUGAUGAAGACGCCGAGGGGGAUAAAACUGUUGACACGGAAGACAAGGAAGAAGGUGACGACAAUGCCGAUGAAACCAAAGAAGGUGACGAUGGUGAAGGCGAUGAAAAAGCAGACGCUCCUUCAACCCCCAAAAAGAAUGUCAAGAAGGUUGCCGUCAAAUCUAAGGGCACUCCAGCAAGCGAAAAAUCCGGCGACAAGGAUGGAGAGAAGAAGAAAUCGGACACCAAAAUCACGACGAAGUACACCAAGUCGUACAUCAAGUUGAAUUGUGUUCAGUGUCACACUAAGUGCAUCACUUUCAAGGAAUAUCAAAACCAUUUGUUCCGUGGGUUGCAUCGGGCUGCAAUGCAUCGUCUUGCUGACAAGACUCGUGAUAAAUUGAUGGAGAUGCGUCAGGUGCAGCGGGCUGCUCAGAAAGAAGAGGAUGAGAAGGUAGAUGAAUCCAGUGAGCAGAAAUCUUCAUAUUGUUUGUUGUGUCAGCUGAACUUCCGGCAGCCGAAGUCUGUCCACCAGCAAUCGGACGGGCACAAGGAGAUGAAACGAUUCUUGAUGCCGUUCUGUGCCACUUGCAAGAUUGGUUUCAAGAGCCCCAUGGCUUACGAAGCCCAUCGAGCAUCGUUGGAACAUCUUAAAUUCAAAGCUCGCGUUGAACGGUACGCCAAAGAAGAAUCUGGCAUAGAUGGUGCUGAAAUCGAUCUGGAGAACUUCACCACCGUCGACGAGGUAGGUAACGUGGAUGAACCAGCCGAUUCCAGUAAGGAGAGCCUUUCCACGCCCAAAAAGAGCGAAUCCGGUGGAAGAGCUGGUUCGGACGACGAAGACGACAGCGAUGACGGUACCGUCAUCGGUGGUGAACACGUCAAGUUGGUGGAAGUCCAGUUCUGCGAUUUGUGCAAUAUGUUCCUGUCCAGAAGGGAAGAACCAGAAAAAAUGCUCGCUAUGCAUUGUAAGACUCGUUCACAUCUCAAGCUGUAUAUUCGUCAGCGAGAAGACAAAAAACUUCGAGAACGGGCCGAACGAAUCCACAAGAAAAAACUCAGCGAUGCUAAGGCUAAGAAAGAUGCUAAGAAGGAGAAAGAUGCCAGCACUUCGGAAGCGGAUGCCAGCGAGAAACUUGAAACUGUGAAGAAGGAAGAAGGAGAAGGCAAGGACGGAACAACGGACGACCAAAUGUGGGAGGUUGUUGACAACGACAUCGGAGAUUUGUUACGUGAAGUAAGUGGCCCUGGGGAGGACGGCGAGGAAGAGGAAGACGAUGAAAAGACCAGCUCCGAGAGGUAUGACAAAUUCAAGCACACUGAAAAGAACGGGCUAGAUCAGAGCAGCAUCCACGAUGCGGCCGAUGAAGAGGUCGAAAAGAAAGCCGGAGUGAAGAAAGCCACCAAUGGUGACGCUACCGGAGCCGACAAAGAAAUCAAGGCUGAAGCUUAAACAAGAACACACGCGAGUUUCUUAUUUUUAAUUGUGGUUAAACACCUUCUCUGUAAGUCAUCAAGGUAAAAAGUUCUUACCUUAUCUCAGUUUUAAAUUUCAACCAUCCUAUUCAUAGAUUAGGAUAAGAAUGCUGGAUUUAAAUAUUCAACACAAAUCCUUAACCUUAAAAUUAUAAUACUACAAGCUAUCGUAACUACAUAGAACUUCACACUGAAAUAAAGGAUAUAAAACUAAAAAA